AUGAGAUUCUUCAUCAUUCUUCUGUUGGCUUUUUUGGCUGUCACUGCUCUUGGUAAGUUUAAAUAUUCAUACAAUUUACCUUUUUCUCAAAGCAACUUAAUUUUCAUCUCUAAUAUUCUCUGUAGGAGCCGCCCACCAUGGAAAGAAGCCAGUUCACAAGAAGCCAGCCCACUACCCUCCAACUCACAAAGCUCCAGCCAAAGCCGGUACCAAAGCUCCAUCUGGUACUGGUGCCACUUCAGCUGCUAAGACUACUGAUGCUGCUGCGGCCGUUACUACCGCCAAUGCUUCUUAA